AUGUCGUUGCAUUUGAAAUUAAUUUCUUUAUUUGUGUGUGUGUUAUUCUUGGAUAGUAUUGGUGCCCUGUUCGAACAAUGUAACCACCAGAUAAACAUGCAAGCUGGUGAUAAGUUGUACAUUAACUCACCCUAUUAUCCUGGUGAAUAUCCAAUUGGCACCUCGUGCCGUUAUACGGUGAUUGCUCCUGAGGAUUAUGCCUUGAAAUUUAAAUGUGAUAUUAAAUUGAAUACGCCCUCCGCCACAUCACAAUGCGUCAACGAGGUGUUCUAUUUCAAUGGCGAGGGAAGUGAACUGCUUAGCGGUUCGGAAUACUUUUGCGGACGAGGUCAAAUGGAGCGAACGAGUUUCCUCAAUCGUGCUGUGUUCUCUUACAUUUCAACACCGCCGAACAAAAGGACGCUAGUCAAUGUACUUAAAGAAGUCGAGCAGGCUGAGAAAAUAAAGGAGACAAAAACUAGAAUAAAAACAACUAAACAUCCAAAAACAACAACAACAACCACUACGACGACGCCAUCGACAACAAAGAAGACAAAAACAAAAGCCAACACUUUGACGAGAACGACGACAACAAAAAAGCCACUUCAAAUGACUACCCCAAGGAGAGUGGCAUCUAAGCCAACACCGGCAAGAACGACGACGAGAAGAAGUACUUUAUUGACUACCACAACUGUCAGGACAACAAAAAGGACUUCCUCAACAACUCCUUUGCCGGCAAGUGAUGUUAGCAAUUCGUUUGCUUAUGUGGUUGCCUUGUUGUCAAACAAAGUCGACUUGCUGGAAUUUGAGGGAGCAGCUGCGGCAGAGGCAUAUUCACCAUUGGCAUCUUCAUCUCAGACACCCAACACAUCAUCGACAGCAGCAACAACAAGUGUGUUCAAUUUCAGUUACGAUAUCCUGCCGGCCAGCACAUGGCGUAAUGGCCCAAUCGACAUUUCUAAGAUUUCCCCAAAACGUGUGGCCAAAGUAAUUGUUGGUCAAGAUUACCACCAGUCAAGUCCCCUUGUGUCGGAAACAACAAACAAGAGUACCACCACCCCAACGUAUGGUGGUGCAUUGCGUGCAGUGGAGGGUGGCGGAUCAUUUUCAUGUUUGGUAGAAGUUAUACAACCACCUUGCGAUUGUGGCUGGGGUUCGACAACGAAAAUAGUGGGAGCAUCAGGUGUGGCGGGACUGGAUGAGUUUCCGGCAAUGGCCGGUAUAAUGGCCAAAAAAACUUCGAAGAUUUUUUGUGGGGCAGCCAUAAUCCAUCAUCGUUAUUUGUUAUCGGCUGCCCAUUGUUAUGUGACAGCGGAGACAAAUCGUGCGGAACUGCUACAAGUGGUUGUGGGUGAACAUGACACCUCAACAGUUCUCGAGUCCACCUACACCCGCUAUUAUGAUAUUAGCCAAAUAAUUAUACACGAAUUUUUCCGAUCAACCGCCUCGAGGGUACACAACGACAUUGCGCUCCUGAAGACUCGCACGGCCAUUGCUUACAAUCGUUUUGUGGGACCAGCAUGCCUACCAUUUUUACCCGUAAUUGGACCAGGUGGUCAUCGUAAAGCCCCCGUACCAGGACAUCGCGUGGAGACUGCCGGCUGGGGUACCACAUCAUUUGGUGGUCAACAGUCAUCGGUACUGCUGAAGACCACAUUGGAUGUUAUAUCAAGGGAGAGCUGUCAAAAGUUAAUACAUUAUUUACCAGCGGGAGCAUUCUGCACCUAUACACCGGGGAGGGAUACAUGCCAAUAUGAUUCUGGUGGGGCGUUAUAUUUACGCGGCGAACGUCUAUAUGCUGUGGGUAUUGUCAGCUAUGGAUUUGCUUGUGCCUCAAAUCAGCCAUCGGUAAAUACUAGGGUGGCAUCGCACCUGAAAUGGAUACGAACGAAGACUUUGGAUGCUCAAUAUUGUGUUAAAUAA